CGCCGCCAUUUAUUAAAGUGUGCAACCGCCAUUUUAGAUACACGGAUCACAGCGCUUGUUGGCGGUAACCGAACCUGUGUGGAAAUGGAAAACCAACUCUGCAAGCUUUUUGUCGGCGGACUUAAUGUCCAAACCACCGACGAAGGACUGCGCAAGCAUUUCGAGCAGUUCGGGCAGCUGACCGACUGCGUGGUUGUACAAAACCAGCAGCUGAAACGCUCCCGCUGCUUCGGCUUCGUGACCUACACUUCGCCGGAGGAGGCCGACUCAGCCAUGGCAGCUAGGCCGCACGUCCUGGACGGCAACACCGUGGAGAUCAAGCGAGCGGUGGCUCGAGAAGACGCUGGAAAGCCAGAAGCCCUUGCUAAGGUCAAGAAAAUCUUCGUCGGUGGUCUCAAAGACGACAUCGAAGACAGUCACCUUAUCGAAUGCUUCUCGCGGUUCGGCCCCGUCGAGAAAGCCGAGGUGAUCACGGACAAAGAGACCGGCAAGAAGCGUGGCUUCGGCUUCGUCUACUUCGACGACAACGACUCGGCGGACAAAGCGGUCGUGCUCAAAUUUCACACCAUCAACGGGCACAAAGUGGAGGUGAAGAAAGCCCUGACCAAGCAAGAGAUGCAGACGGCUGGAGGUCGUGGUGGCGGCCGGGGAGGACGAGGCGGACGCGGCAUGGGAAGGCCCCAGAACGGCUAUGGCGGUGGAAGAGGCGGGGGCUACGGCGGUGGCUAUGGAGGUGGCUAUGGUGGAGGCAACGACGGUGGCUAUGGCGGAGGCUACGGUGGUGGCUACGGUGGCGGGUAUGGGGGAGGCUACGGGGACCAAAUGGGCGGCUACGGCGGCGGUAACGGCUACAAUGACUUUGGAAGCGGCUAUGGCCAGCAGUCCUCUGGCUAUGGGCCAAUGAAAGGUAACGUUAAUUACUCGGGCAGAAGCAGCGCUCCUUACUCCCGCGGUGGUGGUGGUGGUGGUGGUGGUGGGUACGGCAGGGGGGGUUACGGAGGCUCGUAUUAAGAGCGCGUUUUAGGUCCGAGAUUUAAGAGCUGCUCCUUCCCCAGGACUCAAACUCCAUUCAUACAGGAAUCUUCAACUAAUCCAGCCUAGCUACAAUAUAGGUAGAUCGUACCUGUGCGGCCUAUACUAUUAAAUCCAGCGAUCAAGUUCUUACAGCAGCUAUAACUACAACAGUCCAUCGAUCUCUUCCCUAACAUACUAGGCGGAUUUACAGCAAGUUAAUAGGACUACUACUCUGGAUCUUUACUUUUAUCUGACUUCCCUUGGGUGGCAGGGGCAGGUUACCUGUCGGAGAACUGUUUUUACAAAGCUUAUGUCUGAAUUAAGUUAAGAUUAGUCCACUUGCUUGUUAGUAUAGGCAUGUGUUUCCUCUUUUAGCAUAUUGUAUUGUAUCUGUGUCUUUUAUUUUUUCAUUUUUUUUUUACCUGAGUUUAUGAAGUGUUAAAUCUGGGACUUUUGUUUUUGCGCAGUUAGCCUUGUCAAUUUCCGUGCAGUUAAUUUAAUUUUUAGCCCUUAGUUCUGCUUUAACUAGGCUUGUUGGUCACUAGAGGUGAGCGGGCUUGGUGCAUCUUUUCGCCCUAAAACGGAUGAACUCUCCCUCAAGCUCAGAACCUGGCUCAGAGCGCAGCAUGUAGAAGGACCAGGUCAUGGUUCGUUCUCGUGUCACGUUCAUCAGAUACUCCAUUCAUCCGUUAUAGUGACUGACAUGUGAUUCCCAAUAAAUGUCAAAUAGUUGAUUUGGUUAUUAUGGAAAAUAUUGUCAUGUUAAAGUGAACCUGUGUUCGUUGAACAGCCUGAUAGGAUUGAUCUCGGCAUUUCUACUUAAGUUUAAUUCAGAAGAGGACUUGAGUUCCUUUAAAUGCUUUGUCUCACUGUAUUACUGAAAGGUAUUGACAUAUUAAAUAUUGUUUUUUCAGUUACACUUAAACUGUAUGUAUUUCUAUUAAUAAAAGUUCCAUUAGCCAUUGUUUUAUUGACACGAUGAGCCUCAUUGGUUGAUUUUGAAUAGACUAAACACAUUAGCUUAGUCUCCAACUUGUAGACGAGCCUGAUCACAGGCUCAUUGUCUUUGUACUUUUGAUCAUUGCUUAAUCAAAUGAGUGGGGGUUUAAUAUUUCCCCAGCCAUUAAAUAAGGAUGUUGUCUUUACUUUAAAAUAUGUCUAGAGCUCUGUUCCAAUACUUUUAGUGAUCAGAUAAGACGGAUCUAUACCUUAGCUGUGUCCACUACUACGUCAUUGGAUUCUCCAGGGGUACUCCAGAGCUGUAGAAACCCAGCUGAAAGUCCAUAGGAUAUUCGCACCAGGUUUCAGGUUUGUAGAAAUACUUUAUACACAAGACAUUACAUUGAGUGUGUCUUAAACACCAUAUGGAUUCACCUGGAACAACUGAACUACUUACAUCAGGUAUUUGCUAGAUGAUCCAAUAAAGCGUGCAUGCAACAUUUUUAUUAUAAAAGUUUGUUUGAGGAUUAUGUAAAUGACUAAAGUGGUAAUUAGAAUAUUGUUUGGUUGAAUGUGUGUGAAGUUGUGGUACUACGCUUUAGUUAUGUCUUAAUCCAAUAUUUUAGACAAUUUUCAGUUUAAGGUCUUACCGGAGUGUGGGGCUUAGUUCCUGUUUACUUGAUGCAUUAGUUCCAGAUAUUAUUGACACCAAAUGCAAGGAGAUCAGCAUUUUUAUGCAAGGUUUGUGGCUUCAGUUAUUUACCUUACAUCUUAUCAAUACCCCCCUCCCUCAUCAUCUCGGUGUUUUGCUUGUGUUUUGUCCCUAUACAUUAAUGGCACACUGAACGGACUUUUGGAUAUUGUUGAUGUUCUGUGCGUUAAACUGUAGUAGUAAACCUUUCAUGGCUUUUAAGUAGUUUUUUAAAUCAGCACUGGUCUGGCCUGUUGAAUUGUGUGAAUGUGUACAAUUGUCAAAAAAAAAACUUGCAUUUUACCUCCCUUCCAUGAAUUAAGCAAUACAAAUUGCCCUAAGGGAAUGACUGUGAAUGGGUUUGGCUGAUAGGCCUAUUUAGUAAACUAUCUAAUUAUUUGGUAACAUAGUAACAUCUCUCUAUCUUUUUCCCUGCAGAAAUGGCAAAACUGCUGGGAUUAAGUAAUUUCUUGGUUUUAAAUCCAGCUGGUGGAUGAAGUUUGACCUGAUGGAUGUUGAUCUCUGCCAGUAAGUAAGAAGUUUGCCAAAGGCAAUCUUCAGAAAGCAGUUACUCUUGCCCAGGAGUUCUUGGCGAGUCCUUGGACAACACAUGGGCUGCCGAGGCUCAUAAACCAUCAUUCUGUGCAACAUGCCAUGGAAGUGAACAGCAAAUGAUAUCACUCUGACGGAUCCCCCAGUUGAAAUUUGAAACUGACAAAUACCAGAGCGAAUGGAGAAAAUGAACUGUACUUUUACAUGUUUGAUUAAAUAAAAUGUACAACUAAGA